UUUAUUGAAUCAAUAAUGGCUGCAAUUUUUGAAACAAUCGCUAAAUUUGCCCUUCCAGUUGGUGCGGCUGUUGGUUUGCUUCAGUAUAGCAUAUAUGACGUCCAAGGUGGAUACCGUGCUGUCAUAUUUGAUCGUCUUAAAGGCGUAAAAGAAACUCCAAUUGGUGAGGGAACUCAUUUUUUGCUCCCUUGGCUACAACGCGCCAUUUUAUAUGAUGUUCGUACAAAACCCCGUAAUAUCUCAACAACAACCGGUUCAAAGGAUAUGCAAAUGGUCAGUUUGACUUUACGUGUUCUUCAUAAACCAAUCAUACCUCAAUUACCUCAAAUCUACCAAAACUUGGGUUUGGAUUAUGAUGAAAGAGUAUUACCUUCUAUUGGUAAUGAAGUGUUAAAAUCUGUUGUUGCUCAAUUUGAUGCUGGUGAAUUGAUUACUCAACGUGAAGUUGUUUCAUCAAAAAUACGCGAAGAUCUUGUAAAAAGGGCUAACGAAUUCAAUAUCGAACUGGAAGAUGUAUCGAUU